GCGGCGACUUGGGAUUGGCCGGCAUGGGCGGGGCGGCCCGGUGUGCCGGUUCCUGUGUCCGGCGGACGAUGCCGUCCGGCGGCUGGCGCUGGCUGCGCGGCCUUUGGGCUGCGGGUCAGCCCCUGUUCCAAGGCCGUGCGUUGCUCGUCACCAAUACCCUGGGAUGCGGCGUUCUCAUGGCGGCUGGGGAUGGGGCGCGCCAGACCUGGGAGAUUCGCGCCCGGCCCGGCCAGAAGUUCGACCCGCGGCGCUCAGACUUACCAUUGAGCACGAUAUGCUGCACCCGAGGUAGUCAAAGGCACAGCAUCUGGCUGCCAGCCAGCUUGGGUCGCACCCUGGUCCCACACUUCCCUAUCAGCUGUGCCUCUGUUUCCUCCUUCGGAAAGCGGGGCGAUGGUGUGAGCAUGUUUGCAGUCGGCUGCAGCAUGGGCCCCUUCCUGCACUAUUGGUAUCUCUGGCUGGACCGCCUGUUCCCUGCAUCCGGCUUCCCUGGCCUCCCAAACGUCCUCAAGAAGGUCCUCAUUGACCAACUGGUGGCCUCUCCUAUGCUUGGCGUCUGGUACUUCUUGGGCCUUGGCUGCCUGGAGGGCCAGACCCUGGACAAGAGCUGUCAGGAGCUGCGGGACAAGUUCUGGGAAUUCUACAAGGCUGACUGGUGCGUGUGGCCUGCUGCGCAGCUGGUGAAUUUCCUCUUCGUGCCCCCCCAGUUCCGAGUCACCUACAUCAACGGCCUGACGCUAGGGUGGGACACCUACCUCUCCUACCUGAAAUACCGGAUCCCAGGCCCUCUGACAGCCCCAGGCUGUGUGGCCCUGGGCACCAUACAGACUGAGCCCCCAGAUGCCAGACAGCAAGGCAAGACUGACUGAGCUGCCGCUGACCAGCCACCUGGGCAGAAAGGGGAACCGACUCCUAGGCCAAGUCCUAGCCACACCCUGACUUCUGGGCAUCUGCUUGGGCUGCCCCUGCCAAGCCCACUGCCAGGCCUCAGUUUCUGCCUCUGGAAUACAACCAUGAAGAUGGACAGUUGUACCUCAGCCUUUCUGGGACAGCUUCAAGUGACUCGUGAUGGGCCAUCCUCAGCUCUGGGGUCUCAGCCAGCCAGCUAGCACCAAGCCCUCAACACUACUGUAGGCUGGGCGCUGGGACCAAGGUGGGGGAUAUCGCCCAUCCGCUUGGAUCCGGGCCCCAGAAUUUGGAGCCUCCAGUCUUAUCCUCUAGUCAUGGAGUGUGGAAGUACCAUUAAAUUCUCUUUGUAAUUGAAAA